GCGGCAACGAGGCCGCUCGGGGUUUCGAUUAAUCGAUAAGACAGUUGCCGGCGGCUGUGUUGCUCGUUUCCUUAUCAUUGGCCUAGUUCGGGGUCAGGCUACCGAGGGCGCUGCACGCGCGGAGGCCGUUUCCUCGCCUCCUUCCGCCGGUCGCGUUCAAGUCGAAUUCAACAUUGACCGUCGUCGGACGGGCCUCGUCGCCGGGGCGAAACUGUUUCGCGUGCACGCGUCGUCGGUGACGGGAAAUGACGGGCGAAGGCCCGCGCGUAUCUCCCGUGUGCUGGCGCGUAUUCGUGACGCGCGUUACGUGAACGUCCUGCGCCCGGGACACGGCUGUUCGUCGUACGUGCUAGCAUGAGCAUUUCUCAGGACAGCGCGGCCACGAUCGUGUGCAGGGAGGUAUUCGACGAGACGUCCCAUCCGUCGAACGAAGAGGUGCUCGACUACGCGAGACGGCUGGGAAUCGACCCCGAUGCGGAACCGCACCUUCUGGAGUUGGCCCGCGAGGGCCUCAUGGCGGCGCUGCCCAAGGGUUGGCUGCCGUGCUAUCACGAGCUCAGCCAUGCCUGGUAUUAUUACCAGGCUUCCACCAAAACCACCACCUGGGAACACCCCCUGGAUGCCGUUUACAAGGAGCUGGUCGAGCAGGCCAGGGCCGGGAACACCAGGCAAAUGAGCGUCGAGGAGGACUCGAAAACGACAGCCAAGGAUCUCGAGUCGUCGCACGAAGAGUCAACUUUCCCCAAGGACACCUCGUCCUCGAAGGACCCGAUCAAAUCCACCAAGUCAACCUCAGCGUCCACGAGAAUUCCCACGAAGUUAACGCCCCUGAAAAAAUUAGACAAAAUCGAGGGUGCCAGGAGGAAGGAUAGUCCGAGUCAGGAGAGGCAACAUUCGAGACUGGAAAAUCCUCUGGCGACCGACAGAGCCGCCAGGGAUUAUACCAACCUAAAGUUCCAAGAUCCUCGAUUCUACGAGUGCCCGAAGCUCUUGGAAACCAUGCAAUCGAUGUCCAUCGCCGCUGCAGCGGCGACCACCACGCCGGUGGACGAGCUGGAUCUGAAGGAGGUGUUGAAGAGAUCGGAAUCCCUCAGUCCUCGUCACGAGAAAGACUGGGAACAACUGUCCAGCAAGUUUAGCUCCGAGGAGAACAUCAUCGACAUCGAUAAGCUCAGUAUCACGGCGUUAGCCAAGUCGGAGAAGUCGGACAAGUUUGACAAGGAGAAGCAUCCAAGUCAGUUUGGCCAACAGAAGGAGCUUACGCUGAGCGGCGGGGGAACUAUGUUUCUAAAGAGCAACAGAAGCAGAGACACCACUCCCAGCCAAGAGGGUGCUAAACUCGAAGAUUUUCGGACCGUCGCUAUCUCCGACGAGAUCAUCAUCGUUGGCGGGGACAGGUUGAAAUCGAUCCUAAGAGAAAAACAACCGGAAGAUGACGACAGACCGGUGGACGAGGAGCGCAAAAGCGUUCGGUUCGACAUAGAGAAGGAAGUGGACAUCAAGUUCACUUACUCGGGGUCCGAGGAUGACUGGGAGUCCGAGUCCGAAGAGCAGAACGUGCGAAUAUCAGCGACGAUUCCAAGCAAAGUCGCCUCGAUCUUUUCCUCCCAGAGAUCGAGCUCGCAGAGCUUCGACGACGACAACAGGGAGGACUCCGAGAGCAAGCUCGACGAGGAUACUCGGAAGAGUUCAUCCUCGGACAAGGCCGAACCCGCGAAAAAGACAGGCAAAAUUGUGGGCAGGAGAUUCGUCGUUCAGAACGUCACCGAGAACGAGCAUCGCAACCAAAUGGCGAAGGACAGCGUGUCGAGGGAGAGCAGCCUGGAUUACGGAUUAUUCAACAACAAGUUUAACAAAGUGAAGAACAUCGACUUGGUCUCGAAGAGCGAAACGGACUGCAGCGCGGCCAGGAGCAGCGACUCGGACGAACUACGGAAAAACAAGUCGAGAACGGACAAACCGAAGAAGUCGUCGUUGCGUUUCUCCAAAGAUAGGCAAACGGACGACGACGACACCUCGGACUUCUCCAGAAUCAAUCAGGAGCUGGAGCUUAUGCGACGAAGAAACUCCGAAACGAUGAGCUUGAACGAAACGAGGACGAAGCUGAGCAAGGAGCAUCAGAAGGGCAUCGAGGCGCUGAAGAAAGAGUUUGACGAUAAGCUCGAGCACGCGAGGAUGGAACUGGAAGAGAACUUCCUGGAGCAGAAGAAGCUGCUGGAGAAAAGUCUGGACGACAGGCUGGAGAAACUGAAACGGGAAAUGGUCGAGAAGGAGGAACGAGAGAUCCAGAGGCUGAUCGCCGAAAUGGACGAGGCGAGGUUGGAGAACUUGAAGAAGGUGAGGGCCGAGCUGGAGGUCUGCUACGAGAAGGAGAGGCAGGAGAUAUUGUCGAACCUGAAGACGGAGCUCGACGAGAGGAAGCGGGAGCUGCUGGAACUGAGGAACCAGGAAAUGGGCGAAUUGGAGAACGAGUACGAGCGGGUGUUGGGGGAGGAGAAGCACGCGAAGUUGAGCGAGCUAGAGCUAACGAAAGAGCACACGGCGAGGGUCGACGCCUUGAAGAAGGAGUUGGAGAAGGAAUUCGACGAGUUGCGCGCCGAGCUGCGGGCACAGCAGAGGGAGAAAGUAACGAAGAUCACGGAAGAUCACGAGAAAUGUCUGGCAGAGAUUCUGCGUGAUUUUAGAAUCGAUGAGGGUCUCACCCGGAAGAUGUACAAGCAGCGUUUAGACGAGAUACGAGCGGACUUCACGCGGGACGCGGAGAAAGAGACGCGGAAACAGGCAGAGCGAGCAGCUCACCAAGAGAGCAUGGACGUCGAGAAGAUGCGGUCCGAGAAUCGACUGCUGCAAGACAAGUACACCGCUCUCAAGGAGAAGCACAAGAAGCUGAAGAACGAAGCCCGUUUGGUCGCUGAGAGGAGAAGCAGAAGGAAGGCGGGAUACACCACGGCCUCCGAGACCGAGAGGUCGACGUCCACCAGGACGAGAACCGAGGACAGGACCGAGUCGUCGGAACAAAAUACCCCGGUGAGGAACACGCGUUCGAGCUCGGCGACGACGAACGCCAAGGGUCACGAGGCUCAGGGUGCAAGCGAUCACACGGAAAGCCACCACGAACCGGAAGAGCCGAGCGCUCAGAAGGUCACUUCGGGGUUUCAGAAGACCGCGAUCGCGGCCCUCGCGAAAAGUGCAGCGCGAUUCGAGUCCGACGACACGACCACCGCCAGCGAGACGAACGCGAACAUGAUGAAGAAGAAGAAGAACUUCAGCAAGAGGACGACCAGCGCCGCUCGGGCCAGCGCCAGCGCGAACGCUGGGAACAAUAACAAUAACAAUCCUGAGAACCCGGUGGAGAACAUCAGGAAGCAGCUGGAGAAGCUGGAAGAUCUUGGCGAUCAGCUGCCCAGCAACGAAACGGCCUAUACAUUGCGUUAUCCUUUCCAAGACAAAGCACCGGCGAACGCCUCUUCGGAGCUGGAGUUUUUCCGGCACCGAAUUCACGUCGAGAGGGAUUCCGUGAGGAGGGCUCAGGAGGCGCUCAAACACCAGGAGAACGCUUUCCAGGGUCGGCAGAGGGCUUGGAAACAACGUAGCGCCAGGGCAACCCUCGAACAAUUGGUUCAGGAGGAACGCGAACUGUCAGACAUGGAGGUGAGUUUGCAUCGCACCAGGAGUCUUCUGGGUGAGAAAGUGAUUCACCUGAGACACCUAGAGCAGACCUUAGAGAGAGUGGCGAGCGCCAAGAGGAACGAGAACGAUGCGACUUGCACGAAGAAUGACGAAAUGACGCUGAGCGACAUGUCCAGCGCCAGCAGUGGUUUCAGCUCUACCGAUUUGGGGACGGAUACGUUCAUAGACAAACCGGAUCACUACCAGGAGUCGACGGAAAUCAUCGCAAGUCUGGAAAACCUAAACUCGGAAAUACGUGAGAUUUGGGGCGUUCUGAAUAAGCGGCAGGACAGCAACGUGCCGCCGCCGCCGACUUUGAUGUAUUCCUAUUUGCGAUGGCUACGUUUGCAUCAUCUGUCGGCGCAGCCGCACAACGUCCAAGGAACGUUCGGCACUCCGAAUAUCCAGUCGAACAUCCUGUCCCAGUUGACAGCCGCGCAACCGCCGACGACCACCACGCAAAACAUCAUCGCCCAGUACGGUCCUAACAGCGGUUUCACGACCAGCGUCGGGACCGUCGAGAAAACCUCCUCGAACCUGAUGGAGAGGACUUGGAAUCUGAGGGACUGGUUGCGUCAGGCUCGCGUGGAAAACACCGACCUGAUCGGUCCGGGUCAGGCGACCCUCUGAAGAGCAAACCGUUGUCUGUCGAAAAAUUCGUUUCCAACCGUGACUCGUUCGCGAAGCGAUCCUACCACGAAAGGAAUCGGUUCGUUGAAGGCUCUCUUCGAGAAGAGACCCGGCUGAGCUCGAAGCAAAAGGGUUCUUUCGCGCGACCGAUAGACCAUUGUACGUAGUUUUAUUCUGUACAUUCGUAGCGACACGUUUAUUUACGCGUUCCUUUAGCCAUCGUACAUUGACCGUGUCCACCCAGUAUCGUUUGGAAGCGAGUUUUUCGCCGUUCGUCGUUAGAAUAAGUCUGGUAACGUGCACUCGUUCCGACCGAGUCCGCUGCGUUGGUCUCGAACUUCGUCUCCGUUUGUUCCUAACGAGUUCAGUUCGUCCGUUCGCUGAAUCAACAAUCAAGACUGGAAACGCGCGCGUAGUCGUCGCCCCUAGCCCUGGGGCGUCGGGACGCGACGACGUCGGCGCGCAUAGGCGUUCCUUGAAACGUUCGCUGGAAGAGCAGCCUUCUCGACGAUGAAACGAAGGAACGUUUCGCGAGCUUAAUAUUCGCCCUCGAGUUUUCACAGUUGCAUCGAGCCGUACGCGUCCACGUUUAGCGUUUUUCGAACGAGAGGUAAAACGAAGGCUUAGGGGAAUGUGGCAAAAAGUUUGUAAAUUGACGUGGGAACGGGACGCGAUGAACCUUCGGACGCGACAGAGUUCUAAUUGUAAAUAAGAAUUUCUCGAUGUCCGUACGCGACUCGUUACGGUUCUCGCUGGUUCCUUUGCCCGACAGUCUGUUCAUCCUUUAUAUAUAUUUUCGAGAAACGAUUUUUUCCGCGAGUGUAACGAGAAUGUAAUUAUACCUCUAUAUUCUAUACACGUACUAAGUAACGUAUAACAUUUAUCGGACACUCGGAGCCGUUUCGCGUAAGUUAUGUCGCGUCUGCGGCGAAUACCGCAGACGAAACCGAUCGCGCGAUCUUCGAGGAUCGAUGAGUGGACGAUUGUAAUUCUCACGACUUACAGAACGCAUGUGAUAAUCCGAAUCAAAGUUAUUAAUAGAGGAGACUUAGCUUUUGUAUACUCAUUGUCGCGAGCCAUUGAGACACGUUUUACAAGCGCCCGGACAACGGACGGUACGAGACCGAUUUUUCGGCCACUUGUUCGGGACUCGAAGCUCGAGCGCGCGUCCGAGGCUCUGCCGCGUUCACCACGAUAUGUCUCUCGAAUGCCAAACUUUCAUAAUUAACGACAUUCUUAAUCGUACCGCGCGUACCACGAUAUUUACAGGGAAAGUAGACGGCCGGUGUAUGCCAAACGUCUCUGGUACGAUCGAAUCACCCCAGAGACGGCUAAUUACUCCACCGUACCAAUUACAGAUAAUUUUAGAAGUUCAAUCGAUCUUCGAUCCCGAUGCAUUUAGCCCGCAAUAAUCCUGAUCUCACUAGAUGUAUAGCAUAGAGCGGUCAGGGACUCCACCCUGUCAGACGCGAAAAUAUUAACUGAAUUUUUAACUGGUAACUAUACCCUAGAAAUCUCCCGGCGAUUUUACGAUAAAACCUUGUUUCCUCGUAGUUGUUAAGCAAACGGUUCCUUCUUUCUUGUUACUCUCCACGUUGAUACUUCGUACAACUUUGUUUCGUUUAGCGAUCGUCCUUACGUUGAUCAACGUAAUUACGAUAAUAUGUAUCGAUAGAACGUCGAGUCGAUAUUUGGAAUCGUAGAGUUCGACUCCGGAACGCCCUCGAUAAUCCCUACGAACGUUCCACAGUGUAGAGAUUUUACAUUAGCACCGUCCUUGCGAAUCGUACAAGUAUCUUCCUCGUGAACGAAUCUACCGUCGAUGUUUGUGCAUCGAGCGCUUCGAGCAUUGUGCAAUAGCCCGCGAGAGAAUGCGUUUUACAACUCGAUUCCGUUGUUUUGUUACGUCGAUUCGAUAUUAAGUUCCUCGCACAAUGAGUUAGAAAGAGGUUUCGUCGUGUCUCGGGUAAAAAAAUGGCCAUUCUUUAGCAUUUACGAGUCGUACCUUUCGUCCGAACUAGUUUUACUGCAAGCUGUGCAUCUUAAUUAUAAAAGAACAUUUUUAAAUAUGGGGAUGAUCCUGGUUCGGACGAGAACUGUGUUUACGUUACGUCGAUUAGGUUUUUAAGCAUCGUGUUUAAGUUUUGUUCACGGUAAGGUUUUAUUAUGCACCGUUUUAUUCGAACGUUUAGUUACUAUUUUGAAAGAGUAGUUUCUUUCAUCCGGGACACGGGACUUCGCGUUUCGUUGCGUUAUGGAAGAGAGGAUGACACAUUGUUUGUAAGGAUUAAGCGACACGACGAAAUAUAAUUUUAUUUAAGAAACUCGCGCGGCCAUCCUGGCGAUGGCCGGAAAUGCGAAACGUACGGCCAAACUUCAUUCGCUGGAGUUUAUUUAAAUAAACGAUACAUAGUUUGAGAGAAGUUGCAUGGAAAUUCAUUGCUUUUCUCUUUUCGUUCGUCGACGCGUACGCGUACAAUACAGGAGGCAUU